AUGCCGUCCGGCGGCUGGCGCUGGCUGCGCGGCCUUUGGGCUGCCGGUCAGCCCCUGUUCCAAGGUCGUGCGUUGCUCGUCACCAACACCCUGGGAUGCGGCGUUCUCAUGGCGGCCGGGGAUGGGGCGCGCCAGUCCUGGGAGAUUCGCGCCCGGCCCGGCCAGAAGUUCGACCCCCGGCGCUCAGCGAGCAUGUUUGCAGUCGGCUGCAGCAUGGGCCCCUUCCUGCACUAUUGGUAUCUCUGGCUGGACCGCCUGCUCCCUGCAUCCGGCUUCCCUGGCCUCCCAAACGUCCUCAAGAAGGUCCUCAUUGACCAACUGGUGGCUUCUCCUAUGCUUGGCGUCUGGUACUUCUUGGGCCUUGGCUGCCUGGAGGGCCAGACCCUGGACGACAGCUGUCAGGAGCUGCGGGACAAGUUCUGGGAAUUCUACAAGGCUGACUGGUGCGUGUGGCCUGUUGCGCAGCUGGUGAAUUUCCUAUUCGUGCCCCCCCAGUUCCGAGUCACCUACAUCAACGGCCUGACGCUAGGGUGGGACACCUACCUCUCCUACCUGAAAUACCGGAUCCCAGUCCCCUUGACACCCCCAGGCUGUGUGGCCCUCGGCACCAUGCAGACUGAGCCCCCAGAUGCCAGACAGCAAGGCAAGACUGACUGA